GGAGGAGGAGGAUGUGCACAGACGUGACCAAUCUCCUGAGCUCCUCGGUUGAGACGCUGCACAGUCCUCUCCAGAAGCCCCCCCUCCUCUCCAGCACACCCUCCAUGAUGCUGACCACCAUGCCCAGGAAGGGGAACACCUUUGUGAGGCAGCUAGCUCUGUGUGAAGCUCUGGAGGACAGUGUAGUCCUCUGCGGUGCCGACUCUGAUUCCUGUGUUGUGAAUGAGUCGGUCACGUCCCUGCCCGGAGUCUCACAUGAGGAGAGAAGUGUCCGGGCUUCAGCCUCCAGCCAUGGACUCUGGAUAGACACAGAGCAGUGCCAGACCCUGGGAACCAACUCUCUAGACAAAGGAAGGUCCAGAGAUGGAGCGGGGUCUGGGGUGAAACGCCUGAUAGUCACCACCAGUAAUGACCGGACGCUGCCGUCCCUCUGCCUCCUGUCCCCAGUCAUGGUGUCCUCUCUGGAGUCGCAGUCUGUUGUCUUCAUCAGUGAUGAGAAAGUGAAAUCCCAUCCCCAGGAACACAGCCAUGUAUUUGGCGCCAGCGCAGAACUGUUCUCUGGUGACUUCACGUUGGGUAAAGAAGACACUACAGCCCCCCAGAAGAUGGGGCAUCAGCUGCACUGCAGCAGCUGCUCCACCAACCACGUCCUGAACACAGGAGGAGGAGAGGUCACGGGCGCCAGCCACUCCACCAACCAUGUCCUGUACACAGGAGGAGGAGAGGUCACAGGCGCCAACCACUCCACCAACCAUGUCCUGUACACAGGAGGAGGAGAGGUCACAGGCGCCAACCACUCCACCAACCAUGUCCUGUACACAGGAGGAGGAGAGGUCAGGGGCGCCAACCACUCCACCAACCAUGUCCUGUACACAGGAGGAGGAGAGGUCAGGGGCGCCAACCACUCCACCAACCAUGUCCUGUACACAGGAGGAGGAGAGGUCAGGGGCGCCAACCACUCCACCAACCAUGUCCUGUACACAGGAGGAGGAGAGGUCACAGGCGCCAACCAUGUCCUGUACACAGGAGGAGGAGAGGUCACAGGCGCCAACCAUGUCCUGUACACAGGAGGAGGAGAGGUCAGGGGCUCCAGCCGCUCCACCAACCCUGUCCUGUACACAGGAGGAGGAGAGGUCACAGGUGCCAACCAUGUCCUGUACACAGGAGGAGGAGAGGUCAGGGGUUCCAGCCGCUCCACCAACCAUGUCCUGUACACAGGAGGAGGAGAGGUCAGGGGCUCCAGCCUCUCUGCUUCGGGAUCAAUUAACCAGAAAUUUUUCUGCAGACAGUUCCAGCCAUUUGUCAGAGUAAAUUCUCAGAUAGUGACUGAAUAUUUUCAGCAGAAGAGUCAAGAUCUGCUGAAUAAAAUCUCCAGCCAACGUGAGACCAGUGAUGUACCUGAUCCAAGUGGGACCUCUGCCCCCAUCAUGGACCCCUGUCUGAACAGGAUGCAGCCGGUGGUGAGUUUGGAUUCUGCGGCAGUUGCCAAGUAUUUUCUUAAGAAGGACGAGGUGUCCAAAGACCUGGAGAACAUGGAUCCACUUCCCCAGAGCGAGGCGUCUGCAGUCCUGACCCUCAGCUGCUUCUCUGCUAUAACAAAGACUCCCCUCAUCACAACCUCUGUGCUGAAGAACAAGAUGCAGAACUCCGGGGCUCCACAGACCAUCGGCACCGGCAGGAAGGUUUGCAUCAGUGGAUUUAGUGCCAAGAGAUGGGGCACACUUAGGAAGAAAGCGGCUACUGAGACCAAGCUGCAGCUCUCCUUCCAGGACCAAUCAAGAGAGGAUCUCGGGGUUGGUGACACGCACUCCUCUUCUCUUCUGUUCUCCUCUUCUCUGUUGACAUCAUCAUUCAUGAACUCUACGGCUGUCAUGAACCUCAAUUUGUCUACAGAGUCCCUAACUGGUCGAGACCCUCAGAAAGAACAUCAUCGUUGGGCGCGACUACGUGCGGCUCUGUCCCUCCACAGAAGGAAGAAAGUUGAAGCAGGAUUCCCGACCGAGUGCGCAGAAGAGAGCAGGGCCAGAGGAAAGAUGUCACUGAGCGCCCACAACUCCUCUAUGCUCCUUCUGUCGCCCUUCGGGUCGUCUCUGUGCACUCAGGAGCUGACGGAUGCGGAGAAGGUGUUUGCGGAAUGUCAGCAGGAGAGGCCGGUCCCCUUCCAUCAGUGCCUGACCCCGGGUCAGCUCAGCCGCUGCCAGAAGGUGGGAGAAGGGGUGUACGGGGAAGUGUUCCGCACCCUUCGCGGGGGGCAGCACGUGGCCCUUAAGGUCAUCCCCAUAGAAGGUCCCCAGAAGGUUAAUGGGGAGAAUCAGAAGAGUUUUGCAGAAAUUCUCCCAGAAAUCAUCAUCUCUAAGGAACUGAGUUUACUUAGUGAAGGAGAAGACAACCGGGCCAGCGGCUUCAUCCAGCUGCACUCAGCGCACUGCGUGCAGGGCUCCUAUCCCCCAGACUUGCUUUCUGCCUGGGACCAGUUUAGUAAGGAGAAGGGGACGGAGAAUGAAAGGCCUGACCUAUUUGGCCCUCAGCAGCUUUUUAUGAUUUUGGAGUUUGAGUUCGGCGGAGAAGACUUGGAACGUGUGAGUUCCCAGCUGCCGUCUGUGGCCGCCUCCCGUAGUAUCCUGCACCAGGUGACUGCAGCGCUGGCUGUGGCUGAAGAAGAGCUGAGAUUCGAGCACAGGGAUUUACAUUGGGGAAAUCUCCUGAUUGAGAAGUCGCCAUCUUGCACUAUGUCGGUGUCUGUGGGUGGGGAGAUAUUUGACAUUCCUAAUGCUGGGAUCCAGGUGAAGAUCAUUGACUACACGUUGUCCCGGCUGGAUAAAGAUGGCCUCACGGUGUUCUGUGACCUGUCCACGGAUGAAGAUCUGUUCCUAGGAGAAGGAGAUCUGCAGUUUGAUGUCUAUAGGAAAAUGAGACAAGAGAACCAGAACGCCUGGUCCUCCUAUAAGCCGCACUCUAAUGUCCUGUGGCUGCACUAUCUGUGUGAUAAACUCCUAACUGAAGUGAAGUAUAUAAAGAAGCCGACUUCUGCCCCCCAGCGCCGGGAGCUGCGCCGACUCCAGGACUUCAGGAGAGAAGUGCAGCAGUUUGGAUCCGCCACAGAAGUGCUAAAGAGAAGCCGACUCUUCAAGUAACUGGAACCUACAGCGCCCCCAUCAGUCAGUCUAAGGGAGUCCAUUUCCUAAUCUCCUGUGACGUUCAAUCUUAACUCUUGUUAUAACCUCCAAUAGAAAAAAAAGUGGGAGGUGCAGACAGGAUGGCCCCGGGCUGCUGGAUUUCAUGAAAACUCAUUAGUAUAAUUAAAGGCCCUCGAGUUUUAUUAUAUCCUCUGGGUAUUCGGCUUCCAUCGGGUCAGCGGAUGCAUCACCGGCCCAUGCAGAAAGGACAUGAAAAUCUGCCUGGGCCAGAGUCCAGGAACUGCUCCCCCCGCAUCAACCCCCCUGCGGCCCGAGUCCAGGGUCUCCUCCCAUUACCCCCCCCCCCCCCCUUCGGCACCGGACAGCCUAUUAUGUAGUAUUGAGGAGCUGUACCCUAGCACUCGCUGAACUGACACAUCGGCGCCUCAAGCACUUUUAUUAUAAAUUUUAAAAAUUAUAUUCCAAAUAAGAGAUUUUUUACAUUUUGUAACAUAAAUGAAUCUUUGA